AUCUGGUGGCAUUACAUGUCAGGCUACAGAUCAGAGCUCCCCCCUCACUGGCCGCCAUCGACAACCGACCCACAGCGGGAAACCCCGUACGUAUUGAGCGCCGGUAUAGAGAUUAAAGCCAACCGAAAAGAUGGCGCCGACAUGCUCAUACAGGAAACUACAACAACGCAGCAGCGUCGGCAGGACGUAACUCUCACGCAUUUACACGCCUACUGUGUUGAUUUCCGGAAACAGGCCACGCCUAGCUGCUAUCGUCAAUAUCCGGUAAACGGCGACAUGGAGCCCGGUGGGCAGGACAUCAACCUUAACUCUCCCAACAAAGGUUUGCUGACAGACUAUGGGGCUGAUGUGCCAGUGCUGCCCGCGGGAGGCCACGCCCCUGCUGAUGCCGCUGGGAUGGCAGUGCCAGAGGGCCUGACAGAAGCCGAGACUGAAGAGCUGCACAGUGAGCUGCUGAAGGUGGAGGAGGAAAUCAACACGCUGCGCCAGGUUCUGGCUGCCAAGGAGAGACAUGCCGCGGAGCUGAAGAGAAAGCUCGGCCAGACCCCCCUCAACCAGCUGAAGAUGAACUUGUCCAAGAGCCUCCAGGAGGUGCAGAUGUCCAACGCUUAUGUAAAAACAUCAGAGAAAUUUGGCGAAUGGAACGAGAAAGUGACGCAGUCUGAUGUCUACAAGAAGACGCAGGAGACGCUGUCGCAGGCAGGGCAGAAAACUUCCGCCGCUCUGUCCAACGUGGGCACCGCUAUUACCCGCAGGCUGGGAGACAUGAGGGCUCUCCCUUUCUCCCAAUCAUUUAGCAGCUACUCUAUCCGCCACUCCAUAAGCAUGCCCGCCAUGAGGAAUUCGCCCACCUUCAAGUCGUUUGAGGAGCGCGUGGGGAGCCUAAAGGGUCGGGUGUCCCUCGGAGGAGGAGAAAGCGGGAACUUUCACUCUCCGGAUAACAAUCCACAGGACUCCGCCCCCUUCUAGACCCAGAAGAACACGAUUGGUUUCCAUCCCAGCCACUCCCCCUUCCUGUUCCCCUGGUUCUCAGGCUGGGAAUCCCUCCGUUUAAAUGGAAACUGCACCUUCAUGAAGAAGUGGCCCCAUGACAUUAUCUGCAUCACUGCUGCUGCCUGUAGGGGGAGCAAGUCACAUGGGUGGGGCCCCAUUAAACAUGCAGCUAAAACAGCCAAUAACCUCCUGCUAAUAGCUUUUAAGGGGUGGGGACAACUCUGCCGAGCUGAGUGGGUUUAACUAGGGGGCUAUCCGUUAUGGCGACCUACCCUAGUGGGAGGAGCUUGGCAGAAAUGUGGGUGGGAGAUGGAGCUCUCUUAUGGGAGGUGCACUGUGGGUGUGGCUUGAAAAACGCCAGACAGGGAGCUAUUUUGGGAGAUGCUAAGUGGGUGGAGCUAGGGAGGUUGUGGGAGGAGCUUGAUUAGACUGAGUUUAGAAUACUCAUUUCAUAUUUAUGUGAGCGGCACCUCCCACCCACCGCUGUGUGCUUAUGCCCUGUAGGUGGGAGGAGCUUGAGGGCAAUAUGCCGCUCACCAGAUUUGCCCAUGUACCCAGACUUUCCCCUAAAUACAGCAACUGGCAGCUUCGUUGGUUUAGUUUCCCUUUAAACAGCAGAUGCAGUUUCUCUGCGACACCCCCAACGUGAUGUGGAAUCUUCCACUAUAUAGCGAGGGGGGGGGGAGAUUCAGGCUAUAAAUCAUCUCGUUCCAAUUGAACACUUCCCUACCGGUGCCCCCGGGGCAGUGGGAUUGCCCCUGGGUGUGCCCCCCCCCCCCCCACUCAUGCCAAUAGUCUGUGAAUAGGAAACACUAUUAAGCAACCGGCGGGCACCCCCCGGGGCUCUUAUUGAUUUGAUUUUACCCCCGGCUCAGCAGAGAAGGGGCAAAUAUCCUGCAACUUUUCUUUCUCUGUGAUACUUGAACUGCACUGCUUCCCGAGUGGGGCCCCAGCGGCCCCCGUGCAAACGGCUAGAGAUAUAUAUAUAUACGGAGAUUUCUAUCCACCCCUGUAGUGUCGCUUUGUACUGCUGCCAUUCCGUCGGUGACAGAGAGAGGGCGCCAGCUGUUACUGCUGGGAAUUGUAGUUGAGGUAUAGGGGCAAUAGGUGAGAGCUUCUUGCCCCCAGGGGUAAGUGUGUGGCCCCCACUCUCUGCAUUGUCUGUACCGAGCAUCGUUCCUCUAUCACUGUGUAACAUAUAACCAAAGGCAUCGCAUCUGGCUGACACCUGCACUCUCCUUACUGGGGGGCAAUAGCGGGCCCCCCGCUAGUUUCAGGCAUGCAGGUUUUAUCUACAGAAUGUGUUUGUACAACCAUGGCCGAGGGGGAGGGGCCACAGCUAUGUAAGUAGCUCCUCCCUCUCUGUAGGGAGGCUCUAUCAAUAAAGCAUUUAAUAGAAGAA